UAAGUAUGUGGUAUGCAGCAUGAAUAGUAGCUGCUCCCUAGAAUUACUCUAAGAAAAAAAGGGGUCCCGAGUCAAUUGCACCUUCUCCAUCCCUGCUCUCUCCACCACCUCCCGUUUAUAUUCCUUCUUCCUCCUUUUCCCCCAAUUCCUUUUCCACCUCCAUUCCCCGCAGGUUUCUCUUUUUCUCUCCCUUUCUAACAACCAACAAAACUAUGGGUAGAUCUCCUUGUUGUCAGAAAGAACACACCAACAAAGGAGCAUGGACCAAAGAGGAAGAUGAACUCCUCAUUAACUACAUCAAAGUUCAUGGGGAAGGCUGUUGGAGAUCUCUUCCAAAAGCUGCAGGUUUGCCUAGAUGUGGCAAGAGUUGCAGACUGAGGUGGAUAAACUACCUCAGGCCUGAUCUUAAGAGAGGAAACUUCACUGAUGAGGAAGAUGAGCUCAUCAUCCACCUUCACAACUUACUUGGAAACAAAUGGUCUCUUAUUGCUGCGCGCCUACCAGGAAGAACUGAUAAUGAGAUCAAGAAUUAUUGGAAUACACACAUCAAAAGAAAGCUUUGCAGCCGUGGAAUUGAUCCUCAAACUCAUCGUCCACUCAACGCAGCCACCACCACAAACGCGAUCAAUGACAAAACAAGUACAAACAACGGCAACAACAACAACAGUAAGAGCUCUGAUCUCUUUGAAGUGCAGAACUACAUGGCUUCAUUCAUGCAAGUGCCUGAAUUCAAGAAUCCAAUGAAUGGCACUAUUAGUAAUGCCAACGUGAAAGUCCGAACUCAAUCUGCUGAAGAGUCGAAUAGUAGCAGUGGAGUGACCACGGAGGAAGUGUUUCCAGAACUCAACCUCGAACUCUCCAUAGGGCUGCCCUAUCAGCCUCAAAUUCCGUCUCCCAACAUAAACGAGCCGAAGCAGCAACAUCCGCAGCAGCAGCAGCAGCAACAACAACAGGAGGUUUCGAUCCAGUGCCAGUGGUAUGGGAAUGUUAGUCAAAGUGUAGGACGUCUGUGCUGCCAUUUAGGGUUUCCGAAUAGUCAAGCAUGUAGCUGCAAAGCCAUGGGAACAACAUUAACAGCUGACAAUCUGAUCUAUAGACACUAGAAGCCUUUUUUUUAGUACUCUUGAUGCCUUAGAAGUAGUCUCUCAACCUUAAUUUGCUCACAUGUAAUGAUCUUGUGGUGGUAAAAAGGCUUCUGAAAUAGUUGUAAGAUUUUGUUUUUCCCCUCCUCUUUGACAAGAAUGGCUGGAAAGCUGUACGAUAUCUUGAACCUCUGAGAAAAAAAAAUCCUUUGAUCUCC